AGAAGACCCACCUACAGGACCUGAGUCAUAAGUGGUUUGUUACCCACUCCCCCCACUAACGCCUGACAUUGUCAUUUUGCGCACAAGAAAAGCCGCAGUUUACACUGAGCUGAGCGCGGAUUUUACGCGUCUUUUGCGUAAAAGGGAGCACGACGAUAAGGAGGAGUGCAGUUUAAGCCAUUUUCACACUUGCUCUCAAUGGGACUACACGACUGAGACGAGCCUUUGCAUCACUUCACCGCGGAGCCGCAGCCAUGCACUGUUGCGCACAUGGUGCGGCGCGCCUCUUGUUCCCUGGACUUUUACGCAUCGCGCUGCUGUGGGUCGUGGAAUUCAACGUGUUCGCGCAACAUGCACCAGAGUGUUACCCAGGCGGCCAUCGGAUUCUGCGCAAUCCCUACCGUAGCAUUGACUUUGACUCCACGGAGAUCCAGAACACUGCCAUCCAGGACCUGAUCUGUGACCACUCGAUGUCGCCGGGCUGGUACAGAUUCAGGAUCAACAAUAAACCGGCAGAGAUGCCGACCACUUGUGUCGAGAUGAACCGCUGUGGCACACAGGCGCCGGUGUGGCUCUCCCUCAGAGACACCUCGCUGCCGCGGCCCGGCGAGAUACGCCAGCUCUCUGCCUGCGCCACGUGGCAGUUCUUCCACGGCAGCACCAAAGACUGCUGCCUCUUCCGCAUCCCCGUCACGGUGCGGAACUGCGGCGAGUUCAUGCUCUACUACCUGCAGCCCACGCAGGGAUGCAUGGGAUACUGCGCCAAAGUUUCUCCCACUUUGGGACAAAGACUCUGCCAACCAGGCGAGGUGGAAGUCAAUGGCCAAUGCAGAGCCGCCGUGCCGUCCCUGGCCUCCCGACCGACGAUCACCCCGGAGCUGAUUGGCCACAGCGUCCACCUGAGGUGCUCCUUCGUCCCGCCGCCGCCGUGGAGCCAGCCGCUGGGUUUCCAGGUGGUUUGGGCGAGACACAUCGGCCACAGCAUGAAGGCUGAGAUCAGACAGGAGACCACACUGAAGCCGUUCUCACUUGUGGAGAUGGACGGCGUUUACUUCAGGCUCGGGGAAACGUUCUCUUGCAGCGUGUCGGUGUUCAGAGCCAACUCAAGCAGCAGCUCCAGAUCCACCCCAAGAGAGAGCGAGAGCUUCUAUGCUGGACUGAAGUUUUCUCCAGACUCGCUCCAGAUAGCGGAGAACGGAAAGGAGCACAAGGUGACCGUCCACAGCACGGUGCCGGUCCCCUGCUACAACUCUGAGCAAGGCCACCAAUGUGGGGUCCCACUGGCUCUGAGCGUCCAUGACCCAGACAGUCUUGGACACGAGGCCUCAAACGUGGUGCUGUCCGCCUGCCAGGUGGAGCUCCAGGCCAGCGCCUGUGGCAACGGCAGCUGCGGUCACGCGGCAUUCUUUGUCGCCGCUGUCACAGACUUCACGCGCGACGGGAACCGCCCGAGCACGAUCGCCGCUCUGCCCGGACCUGGUGCUCCGCGGCUCUGGAGGAGCUACGUCCCAGUGUCCCUUAAAGUCACAGCGCAAGACAUUCCCACUUCCAUUUGCUACUCUCUGACUGACCCACAUAUCAUUACACUUGACGGCAGACGUUAUGAGAACCACCAGACAGGCACCUUCGUCCUCUACCAGAGCCUGGUCAGGGAGUUCCAGGUCCACUCUCGCCAGUGGGACUGCGGCAGCCGGCACUACGCCGUCGCAUGCAACUGUGGCGUCGCAGUGCGCGAGGGCAACGAGGUCGCCGUCUUUGACAUGUGCAACGGCCAACCGCAGGAGACACGACCACAGCUUACACUGAGGAACCUCGGUGAAGAGGAGGGCAGCCGUGUCCGGGUUCUGGAGUCCCACCAGGGGAAGAAGGUCACCUUGAUCUUUCCCUCCGGGGCCUUUGUUAGGGCCGAUGUGGGCGACUGGGGGAUGAGCCUGUCUGUGCGGGCACCCAGCAUCGACUACGGUAACACAAAAGGCCUCUGUGGCACCUUUGACCGCAACGGCAACAAUGACUUCCGCAGCUCCGAUGGUCACGCUUAUGGCCCUGAUGACGUGCAUCACUUCAUACAGGAAUGGAGGAUCUCUCCAGGGGAGAGCUUAUUCGACAAGACGUCUCGUGGAACACCGCAAGAGUUCAGGAGGCCGUUCUGUCAGUGCCAGAGAGGAUACGGUCACUCUCAUCACGCUGGCCGAGAGAUACGGAACCUGUACAACCCUUCCGCUCACGCCAACUGCAUAGCUUACGAUAACGUGGAUUACACGUCCGUCUUCCCCUCCAUAGACACAACGGUGGAAUACAUCAAGAGUAGAGAAGGAGAGGAAGGCAUCCUGGAUAUGUCUGCCUUCAACAGUCACCUUCUGGAGAGGAAGCACCUUCAGUUUCACCAUGAGAACAAGCAAAACAGUGACAGCGACCUUGCUCUAGACAGUGAGCUCGGGGAGGAUCAUCUGCUUUCUGUUAGCAGGCAGAGGAGACAGGUGUCUUUUGAUUUCCAUCCUGUCUUUGCCGCUCAAAGCCUCAAUCAGGCUGAUUUGGAGAAUUUGGCGUACUUUUUCCCAGAGGAUCACCUGGCGGAGGCGCGGCCAGAGGUGCAGCCUCAGUGGCCCACGCCGAGUGGCCUGACCUCGGCCAAGGCUCUGGAAGUGUGCCAGAUGGCUUUGGCAAACUCCACUGUCGGAACAGUGUGCCGGGGCCUGCUGGGACGCCGCCUGGACGAGGCAGUGGACCUGUGCAUCCUGGACCUGCAGCUCAAAGACGAUCUGGGCUGGGAGGAGGCUUUGCUGCCCUAUCUGGAGAACGAGUGUGAGAGGAAGUUGCUGGAAAACCGGACCCAGAGAGCAUCGGAGGUGGCAGCUGCGCCAGGAGCGGCUGGGGAAGUGGUGACGGCGCUGCGCUGUCCCAACUUUUGCAAUGGAAAUGGAGAAUGCACAGAAUGGGGCUGUCAGUGCUAUCCGAGCUACAGCUUCUAUGACUGCAGUCUCACCAUCAGUCAGCCCGUGGAGCUAACAGAUUUGGAAAACAGUGGAUUAUGUGACAUCCGAGCUUUCGAUUGUCGCAGCGUCCGAGUCUUUGGGCUCGGCUUCGUCGACUCCGCUGAUCUCAGCUGUCAUGCCACCAGACUGAAGCACAUGAACGGAGUUUGGGUCGCCGGGGAAAAACAGCGGACAAAGGCCACUUUCCUCAACUCCAAGGCGUUAGACUGUGCCGUGCCGUCUUUGAGCAACGCGGCGGUCAAUUCAGAGGAUUUCAUGAUGGAUGACAAACCGUACGCACGCUGGGAGAUUAAGGUGACCAACGACGGCUCCCAGUACAGCCAGGCCAAGGUGCUGACAAUCUAUGACGGCGUUUGCCAGGUCUGCGAGGCUUCACGCUCAGGACUCUGUAAGUUAAAGGAGCGGACGUGCAACGUCGACGGGAUGUGUUUUGCAGAGGGAGACUCUAAUCCCAGCAGCCCCUGUCUGCUCUGUGACCCGGCCAAGUCCAAAUUCACCUGGUCUGUGAACCAAGUCAACCAGCCACCAGACUUCCACCGUCCUCAGAGUGACCUGCAGACGUUCGCUGGAGAGAACUUUGUCUUCCAGUUUGCUGCAUCAGAUCCCGAGGGCUCGGCGCUUCUCUUCCAGCUGGAGGAGGGUCCGAGCGGGGCCGUUCUCUCCCCCGCCGGCCUCCUCAUCUGGCGGGUCCCGGCGCUUCCAGAAGAGAGGAGCUACUCGAUCCGCUUCACGCUGUCGGACGAGUGCAACGCCCAGAGCACCAUCACUGUGGAGGUCAACGUGGUGCCAUGUGGAUGUCAAAAUGGUGGCACGUGCGUGCCGGAUGUCAACGUCCCCGCCGGCAGUGGUAGAUACCUGUGCGUGUGUCCCGAGGCGAAGCAGGGGAAGCUCUGCGACGAGGACGUUGACGAGUGUUCCUCUGCUCCGUGCGCAGUCGGGAAGUGCGUCAACGCGGCCAGCGGGUACCGAUGCGAGUGUGCGGCAGGGCUGAGGGGCAAAACGUGCUUGGAAGACGUCAACGAGUGUGAAACAAAGCCCUGUUUCCCUGGAGUCCUGUGCUUCAAUAGCUUUGGCUCCUACAGAUGUGGCCCCUGCCCCAGAGGCAUGAUGGGAAAUGGGACAAAGUGCGCAGCAGUCGCCAGGCAGGCCGCCAUCGCUCCAACAUCUGCUCCUCGUACGACCGUCUACAAGGAACCACAUGUUCCGCCGCAGCAACCUCCCAAAAUAAAGACAGACACUCUCCGGAAGACCUCAAGCGCUAGCUCCACACAGACGAGGGCCGGGGUGGGGAGGACUAUUCCAAGAUUUGACCCAGGAAGAUCACAAGCAAUGACCACAACUUGGAGACAGACUCCAGGAAGUCGCCUGAAUCCAAUCCCUGGUCAGGCGGAAUCAAACAAAAGCACUGCGACUAUUACAUCGAGUGGCUCUCAAACAAAGACAGAUGUUUUGAAACCAAACCAAGAAAAUGACCGCCACUCAUUCAGGAACAACACAUACACUGUUAAAACCUCUAUAGUCAAGCCAGAGCAGCCACAAAACACUGACGUUAAGACGCCAACUGUCGCUCAACCUCCAGGGAACGGAAGAUCGGCCUCAGGAUCGGCUCAGUCCUCGGCGGUCAGCAUUUCGGCCACGUGUGCCAGCAGACCCUGCUUCCCCGGGGUGCAGUGCAUCAACCGCAGGCCCCCGCAUGUCGGCUACGUCUGUGGCCGCUGCCCGCCGGGUCUGUACGGCAACGGACGGGUGUGCACGAGGAACGCCAAGGCAGCAUCCAACCACCUCCCUCAGCAGCGCACAGCAGGCACGAUCAGUCGAUCCCCUCACGCCAGUGGCAGCAAAGUCUCCCAGCUCCACCUGCCCAACCUGCCCGGCAGACACGGCAUCAAACACCUGUCCACGCUGGUGGCUCCCAGACCGAGCCAACACCACGCACCACCGCACCCGGGUCCUGCCUCGGGCCGCGGGGGUGGCACCGGCCGGAGAGAGGCGGUCACUGCUUACAGAGACGUUACAAGGACGCCAGGGAGCCCCGCACUCUCCAGGCCAAACACUCACAUCACACGCCAAAGAGCAGAAGCCAGGACGUACGCGGCGACGACAAGCAUCGCUGCCUCCAGAGAGGUCGUCCCUCGUGUGACAGUCUCCCAGAUCUACAGUGCCACGUCUGUGAAGGUGACUCCUCCUGCUCCUCGCCUCUCUCUCACUCGUGACACGACGCAGGCCAAACUAACAACCAAGCAUGAACUGCACCACUGGGCCUCCACCAAGGCCAAACCCUGGACUCCCCCGAGACCGGUGCUGCCGCUCACAGCGGCCCUCACCGCUCUGUCCCACUCCCUGUCUGAGUUUGAGUUCUCCGCGGACGGCGACGAGUCCGAGGCUUUCUCCGAAGGCCCAGAGAUGAUGCGGAUGAUCCCGGCGUUGACCUUCACGACGCCGGGCAGGACCAUCUACAGCUCUGUGAUGCACAGAGCGACCUCUGUCCAGCCGGGAGUUAGGACGCUUGCUGCGACAACUGGGACACGUGCGACAACCUGCGCUGACCUGCCGUGCUUCCCUGGCGUCCAGUGUGAACCGGCCGCGGACGGCGGCUUCGGCUGUGGGAGGUGUCCCGUCGGAUACACCGGGGAUGGAGUAGCUUGUCGAGCCGUUUGCAGGCAUGUGUGCGGUAGGAACAUGAUGUGCGCCGCACCCAACACGUGCCGGUGCAAACCAGGCUACGCCGGAUCUGACUGCCUCAAGGCAAUCUGUGAGCCGGAGUGCAUAAAUGGCGGUGUUUGCGUGGCUCCGGGUGUGUGUCAGUGUCUGACGGGUUUCCACGGAGACACGUGCCAGGAAGCUCUGUGCAGCUCGCCGUGUGAAAAUGGAGGCACCUGCGUGGGACGGCACACCUGCUCGUGUCCUUACGGCUUCGUCGGACCUCGGUGUGAAACCAUGGUGUGUAACCGCCACUGUCACAAUGGAGGCCAGUGUGUGUCUCCAGACGAGUGCAUGUGUCCGCCAGGCUGGACCGGCCCCUCCUGUCAAAGUGCUCUCUGCUCUCCCGUGUGUCUGAACGGUGGUGUGUGUGUCCGGCCCGACGCGUGCGAGUGUCCUCACGGUUUCUACGGAGCACAGUGUCAGAACGCUGUGUGCAGUCCUCCCUGUAAGAACGGCGGCGUCUGCAUGAGGAACAGCGUCUGCUCGUGUCCGCAGGGCUACACUGGGAGACGAUGUGAGAAAAGCGUGUGCGAGCCCAUGUGCAUCAACGGCGGCAGAUGUGUCGGUCCAGACGUGUGCGAUUGUCCGUCAGGUUGGCGAGGGAAGAGAUGCGAUAAACCCAGCUGUCUGCAGAAGUGCGUGAACGGCGGGGAGUGCGUGGGCCCCAACACCUGCCACUGCACCCCGGGGUGGCAGGGCAUGUUGUGCCAGAUCCCUCACUGUGAACAGAGGUGUCUGUACGGCAGCCGGUGUGUCCGACCAAACGUCUGCGCCUGCCGGAGCGGAUACUCGGGUUCUCUUUGCUCCAGGAGGCUGCCUAUAGCCCACGGUUGAGAUCCACGGUGAGUCCGCGUGUCUGGAGUCUGAUCGGCGUCUUUAAAUCCUUCAGGUGACCUGACGUCGUCAAUAUAAAGAAACAUCCAGCGUGUCUGGAUUCUGUCUCCACUGGAUUACAACCAAGAGAAGACGCCUAACGCAGAAUAUAGUGUCACUCCUAAUGUGAGCUGCAUAUGGGGUCUAAUCUGGGGUUUUUGCAAAUUGAUACCAACCAAAAAAAACCAAAAAACGAUAAAACUAAAAGCAGAACUUGUCUUUGAAUGUGUUUGUCCUGCAUCUCCAGGAUUUUACAGGUAAAUAAUCUGAGACAAGGCUUCGAUUUCUAAGAGUUAAAUCUUUAAUGUUGGUCUUUGUGCUCUGCAAAUACUAAAAGACCAUUUUUUUCAGGUUCUAAACUCCAAACCCAAACCUCUGUACGAGUAUUUAUUUAUUUACUUGGUUGUUUGUUUUGUUUGAUAACUGUUGCAUAUUUCUUGUUGUGUAUAUAUUUACUUUUAAUCACUGUAUAAUCUGUUUAUUUCUUAUUCAAAGCGUUGUUUACUGGCUGUUUUGUAAGAAAAAAAUAAAAUAAAGAAUCCUGAGAAGGUGGUGGAAGUCA